UGGAAGGUGGGCGGGGUUCCGUGCCUGCCCUGAUUGCUAGCGCAGUGGCUGCUGGCUCCGUCCGCCCCAGCCCAUCCAGAGAGGGGCGCGGGCGCCGUGCAGGCGCUGGACUUGGGAGCUCCGGAGCCCGAAGCGCGCGCCUAGCCGCGUGGGCGGCGAUGAGCGCCGAGGGAUCGCAGUCCCUGGCCGCCCCCCGCGGACGUCCUAGUCACCUACUGGUGCCCGCGCGGACCAAAACUGCUCUGGCCUUGUUGUAUGAUGAAGGCUUGGAAAAUGCCUAUGACGUCCGGCUGAAGCUGACAAAAGAGGUGCUGACUGUUCAAAAGCAAGAUGUCAUCUGCAUCGGGGGAGCCCCUCCUGGUGCUAAUCACAGAACUGUUACACUUCGCAGACAACCUGUGGGUGGCCUGGGCCUGAGUAUCAAGGGAGGAGCAGAGCAUGGAGUCCCUGUCGUCAUAUCCAAAAUAUUCAAAGACCAAGCAGCUGACCAGACAGAGAUGUUGUUCAUAGGAGAUGCUGUACUGCAGGUGAAUGGCAUUAAUGUAGAAAAUGCAACCCAUGAAGAAGUGGUGCAUCUUCUGAGAAAUGCUGGCGAUGACGUUACCAUCACUGUGGAGUAUCUCAGGGAAGCGCCCUCAUUUCUGAAGCUCCCUUUAGGGUCCCCAGGGCCAUCCAGUGACCACAGCAGCAGAGCCUCAUCACCUCUCUUUGACAGUGGCCUGCACCUGAAUGGACACUGCAGCCACACAGCUCCAUCAUCACCUUCCUCGCCCAUAGCUAAUGAACCAAAGUAUGAGAAGCGUUGGCUAGACACCUUGUCAGUCCCUUUGUCCAUGGCUCGGAUCUCCAGGUACAAAGCUGGAACAGAAAAGCUCAGGUCCAGUGCGUUCGAGGUGUUGGCCCUGGAUGGAACCAGCACAGGGGUCCUUCAGUUCCCCACUGCCCAGGACUGUGCUGACUGGUUGCGUGCAAUCUCAGCCAACAUCAGUGACCUGACACUUCAACAUAUGAAAAUGGCAAAUAAAUGCUGCUCUCCCUGUGACCAGGUGGUGCACAUGGGCUGGGUAAAUGAGAGGCGCCAGGGAGCUGACAGCCCUCAGAACUUCAGAUCCAAGUUUUUGGCCCUGAAGGGCUCAUCAUUCUACAUUUUCAGCACUCCCCCGGUAAGCACAUUGGAUUGGGGACGAGCAGAACGUGCCUAUAACCUCUGUGAGGUGCUGUUUAAAGUUCACAAGUUCUGGCUUUCGGACAACUACUGGCUGCAGGCAAACUUGUAUCUGGGUCUCCAAGAUUUUGACUGUGAAGACCCCAGAUCAUACUGCUUCAGUGUCCUGGCCAGCCAUGGGAAGAGCCACAUCUUCAGUGUGGAGCUGGGCAGUGAGCUGGCCGUGUGGGAAAAGUCAUUCCAAAGAGCAACUUUCAUGGAAGUUCAGAGAAUUGGGUCAAAAACAUAUCUGUGCAGCUGGCAAGGAGAAAUGCUGUGCUUCACGGUGGAUUUUGCUCUGGGAUUUACCUGCUUUGACGGUAAAACAAAGAACGUGCUCUGGAGAUUCAAGUUCUCCCAGCUUAAGGGAUCUUCAGAUGAUGGGAAAACUAAAGUAAAGCUGCUGUUUCAGAAUCCGGAUACCAAACAGAUCGAAACGAAGAUGACGGCAUCUGGCUUGUGAGUGUCACUUCAACAGCACUACCCAGUCCUCAAGGUAUGCCCAGGACAAAGACAGCCAGAGAGGAAGGAGGUUGGGUAAAGCUGAGAUUCUGCACUUGAGAGAAUCUCAGGAAUCCUGGUGAUUCAGGGUUUCUCAGGGUAACUCUCAUUCUCAGAUAGCUUGCAACAUGGUGACACUGUAGUACCAAGUUCCUAAAACUCUAACAGGGGGAUCGGGGAAGCCCUGUGAAGCUUCUUGGAUUCCUGACUUCAAGUAACAUUUCUGCAACUAAUUGGCCUUGUCACUUUGGAAGAUUGCUUUGAAAGUCCAUUUCCUCUUUUGGAAACUGAAAGUGGUAGCCUCUGACUUUUGUCUUAGUUUAUGUGGUAGUUUUGAGGCUGAGGAAAUGUUAUUAAUUAUGUUGAUAAAUAAAUAAUAUCCAUCUCACAUUGAUGGACUCCAGUAACUGUCCCCUGUUCUCAGCCACCUCAGUCACACUGGGAUGCUAAGGAUGGUGUGGUAUCAGUUUCACUGACCGGGAAACUACCUCCAAGGUACACAGUCUCCAGGCUGCCCAGCUCAGCCAUGCACUGUAUUUGAUCAGAACCACACCAGAUUCAUGGAGUAAAUUUUCAGAAAAUUUUCUAUAAUUUAAAGACAAUCAUGGCAGAACAAUUGACAGCAGAGCAAGUAACAAAUGUCAGGAAUAUUGGGAGCAGUUGACAAUGUCCCACUGCCUGACUGCAGGGCCAGUAAAUGGAGGAGCCAGAGUCUGAAUUGCAAGGUGAUAUCUAUGUGUCAGGGAUAUGAACCAUCAACUCAGCUCCAGACUGGGCUGGCACAGGUAAACAGGCACAGGUCUUCAGGACUUCUUUCCAGAUUGGUGCACUUCACCUCAGAGACUGAAAAAUACUGACAAUAAGCUAUGAUUAAGCAUAGAAGUACCUUUUCUAACAGUAUAAUACAUCACAUCCCACCAAGAAUCAGAAAGUUUUUAUCCUAACCUGGGCUUCUCAUGGCUCCAUUGCACUGGUGGGUAGUGCUCAUCUGGAAGCCCACUUUCUUAAAAUGUCAAAUAUGUUUGAAAAGUACAUAUGACACUCCUGGAGAAGACAGCCUAGCUGAUGUGGUGAAGGGGCAGCAACAGUCUACAGUUACAAACACUAUCUGGCUUUUCCUGCUUUUCCUAAAACUAGUUUUGAAAAGAAUUAUCUUUAUUAAAUAAACCUCAGGCCUGUCAGACGAAUUUGGAGGAGGUUGCUCUGUCCCUGCUGUAUGUCUUUCUAGUCAAUUAUAGAUUCUCUUUCUCAGCAAGUAGAAGGUGGCAACACACCACCACCUGUGACACAUGUUUGAGGGGUCAGCAGGGAGUGGCAGUCACAGAAAGGCACUGGGAUCACCAUGAAUGUCCUGUUCAAGAGAGACCAAACAUGGCUUUGGUCAACAACACCUGCAUAGCUGCAAUUCAGAGUGGCCCUGCUGACAGAGUCUGCUUGGGAUCUAGGCAGAGCAGCAGGUGUCAUGACUUGGCCCUUGGUUGAACCAAAGAUGUUCUGUGAAAUGUUCAGAUGCUAUAUUUGGACCAAGACUGACUCCUGCUCCAGAGACUUACACUUGAUUCCUGGAUGGGAAUGCUCUUGGCUGAGAUUUUGCAUGGAGCAACUCUCUUGUGAUAGUCUUUUCAAAAAUUUUUGAUGUGGCUUCAAUUUACCAUGCCAGGAAAUACCAAGUCUGCUUUGGGAUCUGUGCCUCAAUGUCAUGUGGCCAUCUGGCUGCUUCUUCUUCCAGUGUGUCAUGCUGUUAUUGAGUAAAUUGUAGGAAUUUGUAAAGUAAUUUUCAGUUCCCAUACAUAAAGCACAGCUGCUGAAAUGCACAUGAUGUGGACUUUGUGGCUUUAUUCUUCUACUCGUCCCCUUGAGAAGGAGAUUACUACCAAGAGCAUGCACAGAUUGAAGUAGAGUUUUGUUAAGCUUGCAGGAAUCUUAUGUUUGUUCUAGAAUAUUACUUGGUCUUCUUCUCUUCUGGAGAAAAAUCAUACCUAAUAAAAAAAAUCCUGACUACCACCUCAUGGUAUGCCGAAAACAAGUGGAUGGGUUGACACUGGGAUAAGGAGCUAGGUAACUCAUGGAUCCUACAAACAGCUAGGAUGGGGCCACCUGUGUAGCAAGUACAGAGCUUCACUAUGAAACCCCUUUAGCAAUAUAAAGAGAACCCAAAGCAUCUAGAGUAUCUU